AUGCAUCGUCCUAAUUAUACAACAGUUAUUUUUGACUUGGGCGGCGUGCUCCUCAACUAUAGCUCUAAGAACACUGUCGGUCUGACCGCAACACAAAUUAAGAGUGCCCUCGACUCUCCAUACUGGCAUGAAUACGAAAGAGGCAAAGUCUCCAAGCAAGAAGCCUACGAACAAGUCACCCAAGCCUUCAAGAUUGAUUUGGAAACUUGGACCGACGCUCUGGAACAGAUGAAAGACGGAAUGCAGCCAAAUGAGGCACUGAUUUCAGCAAUCAAAGACUUGAAGACAGCUUAUCCAACAGUCAAAAUCUGUUGUCUGUCAAAUAUCCCAGGACCAGAACUUGCUCUUCUCAAAGAUGAGAUCGAGAGCUGGGGCAUCAUCGACCAAUUCGUCGCUUCUUCCCAUCUACAGCGGAGAAAGCUAGAAAUGGGUACCUAUAGUGCGUUUUUGGAGAAAAUACAAGAAUCAGCGCCAAGCUGCAUCUUCAUCGACGACAAGGUCGGCAGCGUGGUCAAUGCACAAUGCCUAGGAUUCAAAGGCAUCGUUUUUACCACUACAGAUGAGCUGAUAAGAGUGCUCUACAACCUAUUAGGCGAUCCAGUUUCUCGUGCAAAGGCAUACUUGAAGCAGAAUGCAAAGAAUCUUUUCUGCAUGAUAAAUACAGGCAACCUUCAGCCAGAUAAUUUCUCUCAGUUGCUCAUUUUACAUCACACAGGGGACCGAGACCUCAUUAUGCUGAAGAAUGAGGGAGUGACUUGGAAUUACUUCCAUGGUAGUCCUACUUAUGAUGGAACAACAUAUCCGGAUGAUCCCGACACAACAUGUUUGGCAAUGACUAUGUUGGAUGAUGUGUCGAUGGAGCAAAAGCUUAAAGCAAGGGAUGUGAUAUUAUCUCACGUCAACAACGACGGUCUUCCAGAAGUGAGUGCUGAUUCAGUGAGUAAGGACCGCCCGCGAUUUUGUCACUGCGUCUGCGCCAACGUCUUUCGCUUCUUCACAAUCAACGAUUGGACUGAGAAACUCCCCGGUGUCUACGAAUAUCUCUGUCGCGUACUGGAGAACAGAGCUUUUCUCCACGGCAGUCGCUACUAUAAGAUUCCAGAUUGGUUCUUAUACAUUCUCUCAGACCUCUGCGCAAGACGUCCAUCUGAUGAAAAGCUCCAGAGGAUGAGAGAUUUACUUAUUGAAUGCGUACAGGAGCGCAUGGGGUGUGACGAUAAUAUUCUCGGUGCUGCGAUGAGAGCUUUGAGUGCUCAAUCUUUAGGUGUGAAGAAUGAUAGAGAUCUUAGGAUUUUACUCGAGAGUCAACAGCUUGAUGGCGGAUGGGAACUGGCAUGGUUGUGGAGUUAUGCGACAAAGCCACUGAAAAUUGGAAGCAGAGGUGUCGUCACCGCCAUGGCCAUGGAUGCGAUCCAGCGGGCCAUGGGCUGA